GGCGCUGCUACAAUGUUGAGUUGAUCGAAGAUGUUUCCUGUUGGCCAAGGGAAAUAUGAACGUUUGGUUGAUGAAGAUGAUCACUUACACCAAGAUACAAAUUUGAGAGGAAAUAGAAGUUUUUACACCAAAAAAGGAGCAUGGGAUCAUAUCCAGAAUUUGGACCAGUUUUUCUCUGACAUAUACAAAUAUCAUCAGAGUGGAGGUUUCACUGUGAUUCUUUUAGCACAAAUAUUAUGGCUUGUUAAAUUUAUAUUUGUCAUUUUUAUCACUAUUGAAUUAUCUGUAUGCACAAGAUGGAAUUAUUUAACAAAUAAUAGUUUAUAUGUUCAAAAUUGGACAGAUGUCUUUCAACCACCAAAUCAAUGUUGGGCUUCAUUGCCAUUUUUUGCAUCACUUCUAGUUGUAGGCUCUGUAAUAACAAUUCUUAUUCAAAUUAUUAUUGUCAGUGUACGAUUAAGUCGAUUUUGGGAAAUUCGACGAUUUUGUACGCAUAUCUUAAGUAUGCCAUCAAAUGAUAUUGGAUUAGCUGAUUUAACAUGGUCUGAAGUACAACAACGUUUACUCCGAUCACAACGUGAUUUUCAAUUUUGUGUAUACAAAGUUAAUUUAGAUGAAUUAGAUAUAUAUAAUCGUAUAUUACGGCAUAAAAAUUAUUUAAUUGCAAUGAUUAAUCAAGAUAUUAUUCCUAUUCGAUUUCGUAUACCAUCUAGUUUCAAUCCUCAAUUAAUUUAUUUACCUGAUGGUUAUGUAUUUAAUUUGAAACUUAUCUUAUUUUGGACACCAUGGUCACCGUUUCAUAAUUAUUGGCAAUUGAGAGCUGAUUAUAAAUGGGUUACUAAACGUCAUGAAUUAGCUGUUGAAUUGGCUACACGUAUACGUAUUCUUGGGUUAAUCAAUCUUCUUAUGGCACCUAUAAUCUUCAUUGCUCAAUUGAUAGCAUUUAUAUGUGCUAAUGCAGAACGUCUUCGACAUCAACCAUCUACAAUGUUUGGACGUCGUUGGUCUAAUUAUGCUCACUUGUAUUUACGACAUUUCAAUGAAUUGCAACAUGAAUUUGAAACACGUUUAAAACAAGCAUAUCUUCCAGCUUCUCGAUAUCUUGAUAGUUUUGUGUCACGACCACUUACAGUUCUAGCUGAAGCAGGAGCUUUUAUUUUCGGUGGUGCUUCAGUAGCUUUUUUUAUUGCUGGUCUUAUACGUGAACAAAUGAUGCAUUUGCCUGGUUACUUAGCUAUACUAGUCGGUGGUGGUUUAUUGGCUAGAUCAUGUCUUUCGUUAAUUCCAGAUGACAAUAUGGUUUAUUGUCCACGUAGUUUAUUAGUGUCAACCUUAAUGCGUAUUCAUUACAUGCCUGAUCAUUGGAAAGAACAAGCUGGUACAUAUCAAGUGAGAUCAGAAUUUUCACAAUUGUUUCAAUAUCGUAUGAUAGGUCUGUUAGAGGAGUUAUUUUCCCCAAUUAUUACACCUUUAAUUCUCAUCUUUAUUCUUCCUAAUCAUACUCUCGAAAUUGUUGAUUUUCUUCGAAAUUAUACUGUCGAAGUUCCUGGUGUUGGAGAUGUGUGCAGUUUUGCACAACUGGAUAUACGCCGUCAUGGUGAUCCUAUGUGGCAACCAAAUGCAGAAAGUGGUAGUGACGAUCAAAGUGAAACAGAUAAUGAUGAUCAUACAAAUGAAAUUCACUCUUGUUCAGUAAAAACUAUUAGAUCUGGUAAACAGGUAGAAAAGAAAAUCCCAGCAUAUAAUGCUAGUGAACAGAAUGAAGAUACGGUAGAAGCUAAUCAUAGUGAUUCAAUUCAACACAGUGCUGCAGGUGGUAAAAUUGAGCUUAGUCUUAUGCAUUUCCAUCUUACUAAUCCAUCUUGGCGGCUUCCACCAGAUGGUUUGGCUUAUCUAAAAUCAGUCAGAAAUCAGGCCUUAUUAGAUCUACAACAACAACAGCAGCAACAACAGUUAGACCAAUUUCAAGAUAACUACAAGAAUAAUACUCAGACUGGUAGAAUUGCUUCACAACCAGCCCCAGGUAUGUUCUCAACUCUGUAUGGAAGACAGGAAAGUGCAACGACUAGUAUAUAUCGAAGUACAUAUCCGCAACUCCCAAAUUCAUCAUGUAUUGAAAAUUCAGGUGGUGUAUUGAAGAAUGUUUCGCAUUUACCAGGUUCUGGAUUAGUAUCUGAAAAUACCUAUGGUGUUGUAGGAGCUAUGGCUGAAUCUAUGAGAAGUUCAGGGUCUCAGUCAAUGCAUCGUUCUGGUUUAAAUCUCACUGAACCUCAAAUGCUAGAACCUGGUGUAAGGAGAGUGUCUCAUAGUGAUAUUGUUACUAAUACAUUACCACCAUGUACUAGCUACAAUGUUUCAAAGACUGCUCCAGAAACUAAUGUGGUACCACAGAAAUCUGAUUCAGAUAUGAUUAGAUCUCAGCUUGGUCCAGCCUUAUUUAAUUAUUCUAUGCUUGAUGGACCUACACCUAUAACCAUGAGCUUGAUGGCAGCAUCUGCGCUGCAUUCUGCUGAUAACAUGGGUCUCCCUUUUUACCAGCCUUAUAAUUCACAGAUCGAAGAUGGUUUAAGCCAACAUACAGGUUUCAAUAACAGCCUUAUUGGGAGUGUAGGAGGGCGCCGCUGCACCGUAACUGAAGUACUAACAGCAGAUAUGUCAGUAAGUGCUCUUUAUAUUCAUGAGCUUUUCCACAGAAGACGAAGACAACGACAGAAUCACGACUCAACUCGGGGCUAUAGUUCACAGCGUGGUAUGACAGGUAGUACUCCUGGUGUCAAUGAUCAGAACAACGAAACUUCUCUCCCUUCACAGUCAUCAAACCCACCAGGUGUAGGUGUUUACUCUACGUCUGGAUACCUACCCGGAUAUCAGCUGUCGCACGGUUCAUAUACUAAUAAUUCAACCACUCUACCAGGAUCAAGAAAUACUAUGGAAUAUGGUCCUAUUUAUCCCACCUCACCAUCUUGUGAGCCUGGAAUAAUUAGAACGCCUUCAGAUGGCCGCAGAAUACCUUCAUCCCAUUUUACAGAUGUCACGGAAGAAGAUGAUGAAAGUGUUGGAACACCCAGAUCAUGUAGAGAUACAAACGUUUCUGUUUAUAUACCAGGAAGUGAAUCACAUAUAAUUCGUUAUCCAAGCGGUCAAACUACUACAGGAGGUGGUGGUAUUAUUACUCUGUCGGGUAGUCCAUCAGUACGACCUCAGCAUGGUAUGUCGUAUCAAAAUAUACAACAAGCAAGUGAUCCAAGCCUGAGUUCAGUUCCCAAUAUUGACAGUGAUCUAAUAUGGCCUGAUUUGCCUCCUACUAAUUGUUAGUCUUAUCAAUAUACAAUACAAAUCGAUGCUUGUAGGUUCAACUAUGUAAAGCAGUAACUUAACUUAGUUUUAACUUUAUUUCAUUUAUCCCUUCAUGAAUAAUAAAAACGACAAUGAGAACACGAUCAUUGAUUUAUUUAAAAUGAGCUUUUAAACACUUCAUAACACGUGCAUUCAUUUAUAUCUCCCUACUUCUUUUUUGUUUAAUUAUCCUAGCUAAGAGGUAUUUCAAUGUAUCCAAAUUACAUACACAUUAGAUUGGACAUAUUUUUUUGCAAAACUAAUCAAAAAAUGUUUUAUUUAUUUAUUAUUUUUAACAUCACUUCACUUCUAUUUUAUGCAGCUAUAUACAUAGCUAUGAGGUGAUUUUCUGUGACACAAAAAUAAUUUGCAUGCUGUUAAUUGUUGUUUUGUGAUUGUAAACUUUAUGCAGUUUGUUGAACCUUUUGUAAAUAAGUUUAUACUUUGUUAAAACAAAAACUUUUUUUUCUAGUAUUUUGUUCCUGUAUAUUUUCGAAUAUUUAAUGGUCCCAGUCAUUUUCCCUAAUUUUAAGUUACAAUAAAAUAUAACCCAGC